AUGCAUCUCAUGUACACUCUCGAUGAGCAGGGCAAGCGCCUGUAUACCCUCAAGAAAGUCAGCGAUUCUGGCGAAGUCACCAAGUCGGCGCAUCCUGCUAGAUUUUCGCCUGAUGAUAAGUACUCGAGACAUCGAGUCACUCUCAAGAAGCGAUAUGGACUGCUUUUGACACAACAGAGUACGUGA